GAACCCUCAUUAGACCAUCAUCUUCUGAGAAGGGAAUAAGUAAAGACUCACCAUGGGGGACGCAGAAAUUGAGUGUUUUGGCCCGGCGGCCGUUAACCUCCGGAAGCCAGAACGAGAGAGACUUGAGGCUCAAACAACUCCCUUUGAUGCUAAAUCAGCGUACUUUGUGACCGAGCCUGCAGAGAUGUUCCUCAAGGGGAAACUUGUGAAGAAAGAGGGGGGCAAAGCCACCGUGGAGACCCUCUGUGGAAAGGAGACUAUCAUUGUUAAAGACACUGAAAUCUUCCCCAUGAACCCUCCAAAGUACGAUAAGAUUGAGGACAUGGCCAUGAUGUCCCACCUCAUCGAACCUUCUGUGCUGUAUAACCUCAAAGAGCGCUAUGCAGCAUGGAUGAUCUACACCUACUCAGGGCUGUUCUGCGUCACUGUGAACCCCUACAAGUGGCUCCCAGUGUAUGACUCAAAGGUUGUCAAUGGAUACAGAGGCAAAAAGAGGAUUGAGGCUCCACCCCACAUCUUCUCCAUCUCUGAUAACACCUAUCAGUUCAUGCUCCAAGAUCGUGAGAAUCAGUCAAUCCUGAUUACUGGAGAAUCCGGUGCAGGAAAGACUGUCAACACCAAACAUGUCAUCCAGUACUUUGCGACAAUCGCAGUGGCUGGAGGAAAGAAAGUUGACCAGAACAAAAUGCAGGGUUCGCUGGAGGAUCAAGCCAAUCCCUUGCUGGAGGCUUAUGGUAACGCCAAAACUGUGAGGAAGGACAACUCAUCCCGCUUUGGUAAAUUCAUCCGAAUCCAUUUUGGAUCAACUGGAAAGUUGGCCUCAGCUGAUAUUGAAACAUAUCUGCUGGAGAAGUCUCGAGUGUCGUUCCAGCUGUCUGCUGAGAGGAGCUACCACAUCUUCUAUCAGCUGAUGACCGGCCACAAACCCGAGCUGACAGACGCUCUCCUAUUUACAACCAAUCCGUACGACUAUCCCAUGAUCAGUCAGGGUGAAAUCACCAUCAAGAGUAUAGAUGACACUGAAGAGUUUAUUGCCACUGAUACUGCAAUCGAUAUCCUGGGCUUCACUGGUGAUGAGAAGCUGGGCAUUUACAAGCUGACUGGAUCUGUGAUGCAUCACGGAGCAAUGAGGUUCAAGCUAAAGCAGCGUGAAGAGCAGGCCGAGCCCGAUGGCACUGAGGUCGCCGAUAAAAUCGCCUACCUCAUGGGCCUGAACUCAGCCGACGGGCUGAAGGCUCUGUGCUACCCAAGGGUCAAAGUCGGAAAUGAAUUUGUGACUAAAGGCCAGACUGUGCCUCAGGUAACAUCUUCCCAUACAGUC